UUAGAGACUGUGGCAAACCGGGCGACUUGCAACAACAGCAACAACCAAGUGGGGUUACAAAAUCAGCAGCCACUGGGCUGUGUGUGUUUGACUGGUAGCCGCAAAGCACAUAUUUUAAAAAAUUAAACAGCAACUUGAACGGAAAAGCAGCGCGCUCACUUAGACACUUUGUUGCAACCAGACACAGUAGAAAUUCCCGUCAGCUUACCAACUGCAGCCACACACACGAUCGCCUUGUUCCGGGCCAUGGAAAUGGAUGUUAAUCUGCGCAAAGCCAGCGCCAUUGAACUAAUGACCAUAUCGGCGGGCUCGUACAGCAACAACAAUAAAUUCAACAAUAACAACACCGCACCAUCAUUUGCCUUGCGUCCGGUCGCUCCAGGCACUCCGCCACCUCAUCGCAUCGGCUGUUGUGGCAUACUCGGCCGGCUGCUUUGCACCGGCACAGCCAAAACAGCCAGCAGCAGCAGCGACUAUAACAACUUGAAUAGCCUGCUACCAUCCAACGGCGGCAAUCAUCAAGCGUUGCAUGUGAAUGUGCCGGCCACGCCGAGUGCCGCGGCUGUCGUGUCGGCCGUAUGCAACUCGAGUCAUACGCGCCGUCCGCAGUCGCGGCGCACGCCGCAGGAAAUCUACUUCGAGAGCCGUGGCAAGUCGUGCAAGAAGCUACUAAAGUUUAACGGCUACUCAAACAAGAUACUGCUCUAUCCGGAAGAGGGUUGGGCGCGCACGGCCUCCUCCAGUUACUGGACCAUCACACCUUGUUGGUGGCAGCCGAAUCGCUGCCGCAUCGAAGAGUUUACCGGCACACAACGGCAAUCGACCAAAGCCAAAAUGAUGCCGCUCGAACAGAAGGGUUCACUACUCAUCGCCGGACACUUUCGCAGCAAAAAGGCGUUGACUGGUGGCAGUCCGUUGGGCGGUCGCACUUGUAUGGACUGUGUAGAUGAUGGUGAUGGCGGUCGUGGUGAUGGCGCAGCUAACGGCAAGGAGCAGGAAAUUGACGAAUUCAAACUGUAUCUGACUUCGAAUAUCUCGAUGGAGGACUACAAUAUGGGCUACUGUUUGACGGGUUUUGUGGAGCGACGCUGCCAACAAACCAACACAUACCAAAUGACCCACUUCGCCGUCAUCAAACGGCAAUGGCCGUCCAUUAGCAGUGCAGUUGCAAAGUCAACGUAAUUAAAUCAAAACUUUUACAUUAUUUAUUUAUACAUAGUGCGAGGUACUUACAAAGUUUUGGACGACAAAAGUGUGCGCAAGUGUAGUAUGUUUGUAUGUGUUUUUCUAGCUUUGUAAGCCAUGUAGAGAUAAUUGAGAUUAAGCUAAGUGUUGGCAUAGCUUUAGUGUAUUAAAUAGGCGAGUUGCUAAGUACGAUUCGUUUGGUAAAUGCUAGUUUUAGGCAAAUGCAGUCUACUUUUAGGCGCUUAAAUGCAGUAAGCGACAGUCGUCCUUAAAUCUGCACCGACAUUGUUAUUCGUUGCUGCUAUGCGGGAAUGCAAAUAAUUUGAAAUUUAUGUAAAACCCUUUUUUCUUGCUUUAUUAAACACGACUUGACAGGUAUUUUGUGAUAAAACAAUCGAAAAUUCACACAAAAUUGAACAAUGCAUUUGCAGCAACACACUGACGCUUGCCAAUAUCGUAUAUUGAACAUUGAAAAUCUGCCUGCAAGCGCGUAAAAUCAGAAUUUUUCAUUUCAUUUUACAAUGUAAUCGUAUUGAAAAAUCAACAAAAUCAAAAUUUUGAACGAAAAAUAAGAACGCCAAAUGUCAUUGCAUAUCCGCAGGCGCUACAAUUUUAAAUUCAUAAUAAUGACGCAUUUAAAUAUGAAAAUAUUGCAAUAACAUUGAUACAAAAUAUACAUAUAUCGAAAUAACAGUGUGAAUAGUAGUGUUGAGUUGCCACGCCCACUCUGUGGCACCCAGCCUUUGCCAGUGUAGUUAACGCAUUUAUUCGAUAUUCGUUGGCAGCGCUAAAAUAUUAUUCCUGCUACUGUUUCGAAAUGUAUCACGCAGUGUUUAUUUAUUUAUGUUAAAUAUCAAAAAAAAAUUGCAAUUUAUGUGAAAUCGCUUUAAGUGGACUCACGUGAAAUUUAUGCCAAUAUAUUAUAUAAUUAUUUAAAAAUUUAAGUGCAACAUCAAAGGCCAUGGAAAAGACAAGGAUUUUUUUUAAAAUACCCAAUUACAUAUCGCCAACUAAAAUGCAGGUGAAGGAAACACGAUAUAACAUAAAUCACCCAACUUGAAAC